AUGCAGGCACAGGUCGACUCCCUCGACCCCUGGGGGGUGUCGCUGUCGAUGUGGGCCUACGGCGUGCUGGGCCGCCAGGCCGAGCCCGUGCUCACCGCGCUCUGCCGCCGCGGCGCCGCGGUGAUGCGCGGCUUCACCCCCGUCGACUGCGCCGCCGCGCUCGCCGGCUGGGCGCGGCUCCGCGCGCGUGCGGCGCGCCACCGCGAGUUCCUGGACGCACUGAUGGCGCACGCGCUUGACGCGCUGAGCGGCGCGCCGCGCGACUGGGAGCCGCGGGAGCUGGCGCAGUCGGCGUGGGGGCUGUCGCGCGUGGGGGUCGGCGGGCGGCACCGGCGGCUGCUGCUGGAGACGCUGAUGGACGUGGUGCAGCGGCGGCUGGAGCAGUUUGGGCCCAGGGACCUGUCUACCGUGGUCUUUGCGUACGCGCGCCUGCGCUUCAACGCGCCCGGCGCGCUGCUGCGGAUCCAGGACCGGGUGCUUCGCAGCAUCGACACGGCGGCGCCGCUGGACAUGGCCCUCCUGCUGUGGGGCUUUGCGCGGCUGGGGUUUGCGCCCCGCGAGGAGCUGAUGCGGCGGCUGGGGGCGUCGGUGGUGCGGCAGCUGGGCGCGUUCAAGCCACGGGAGACCUCCAUCCUGCUCUACAGCUACGGCGCCCUCAGCCACAACGACCCGCUCGUCAUCGAAGCCGUCGCCGCGGCCGCCGCCGCCCGCCUGGACCGUUUCGGCACGCAGGAGCUUGUCGCCGCGAUCUGGGCCCUCGGCGCCCUCCGCGGCGCCGGCGGCGCCGCCGCCGCCACGCUCCUGCCCGGCGCGUGCGCCGUGCUGCUCGCCCGCGCGCGCGCGCGGCGGCUGGCGCCGGGGCACGUCGCGGUCGGCCUCAAGGGCCUGGCGCGCGCGGGGUUCCGGCCGCCGGCCGCGCUGACCUCGGAGCUCUGCGCGUGCGCUUUGGAAAACCUGGCGUCCUUCAAGCCGGUAGAGCUGUGCCACCUCAUGUGGGCCCUUGCGCGCCUGGGGGCGCGCCACGUCGAGCUCGUCGAGGCGGCGGUCGCGCGCGCCGCCGCGCAGCUGCAGGCGGUGCCCGGCGCCGCGUUCGACCAGCACACGCCCGGGCAGCGCGCAUUCGUGAAGCUGAGUCUGGACACCGUGGUCUGGGCGGCGCAGCGGCUUGGCUACUUUCCAGCAGAGCUGAUAGAGGCGGCCGGUGCGCGCGGCGUGCGGGUCAAGGUGUGGCGGCGCUUCAAGACGCGGUUUGACCUUGGGGCGGCGCCAGGGGACCUGCCGGAAGAGGAGGUGCGGGGCGCUGCGCCAGGGGACGGCGCGGGCGCCGGGGCCGUCGCCUGGGAGGAGAUCGUGCGGCCGGGCAUGGACCUGCCAGACGACUUCCCGUCGCCAGAGCGGCGGGCGGCGAGUCCACGCGCUGCCUAG